UGCUUUAUUCUGUAAGUAGAUAGAGGUCACAGAGACAGAGACACGGAGAGAGUGUGUGAUGGCAACCCAGUUCCCAGACGAUUUCAAAUGCCCGAUUUCCUUGGAGAUAAUGUCGGACCCGGUGAUUCUAUCGUCAGGCCACACCUUCGAUCGACCUUCCAUACAGCGGUGGUUGGAUUCCGGCAACCGCACAUGCCCAAUCACCAAGCUUCCUCUCCCACCCCACCCUUCCCUCAUCCCUAACCACGCCCUCAGGAGCCUCAUUUCCAACUUCACCCUUGCUUCCCCUCCCAAACCCCAAUCCCAAUCCCAACCCCAGUCCCUCAUCUCCACCCUCACUUCCCCGUCUUCUCCUCUCCACUCCAAUCUGGAUUCCCUCCUCCAACUCAAUCGCCUCUCCAAACGUAACCCUGUUUUCCGUCAACGGAUAACGGAGUCCGGUGCCAUUUCUUCUGUCCUCAAUUUUGUCUCCUCCGAUGACCCUAAAAUCCAAGAAGCCGCUCUCUCGCUCCUUCUCAAUCUCAGUCUAGAUGACGAUAACAAGGUGGGUUUGGUCGCUGAGGGUGCCAUUCAGCGUGUGGUUGGAGUUUUGCAGAGUGAGGGUGGAACUCCCAACUGCAGGGCUCUUGCAGCCACCAUGUUAACGAGUCUGGCCGUGGUGGAAGUUAACAAGGCCACCAUUGGUUCCUACCCUUUUGCUAUUAAAGCUCUGGUUUCGCUUCUUCGAGAUGGCAGCAGCAGAGAAAAGAAAGAAGCAGCCACCGCUCUUUAUGCCCUUUGUUCAUUCCCCGACAAUAAGAAGAGAGUCGUCGAAUGUGGGGCGGUGCCAAUUUUGAUCCAAAUGGCUGAUUCUGGAGUCGACAGGGCUUUUGAAGUUCUGAGUCUCUUGGCUAAAUGCAAGGAAGGCAGAGAAGAAAUGGCGAGGUUUGAUGGUUGUGUUCCAAUUUUGGUUGGAGUGUUAAGGAACGGAACUUCACGGUCCGUACAACACGCCCUAGCCGCUUUGAUUUCGAUCUGUUCUUACAGUGAACAAGUGGGUUCGGAGGCUAGGAGGGAAGGGGUUGUAGAUAUUUGUUUGGGAUUAUUGGAUGAUGAAAGUGAAAAGAUUACAAGAAACGCUUCGAGUUUAAUUCAAGCUCUGCGGAAGUACAAGCCCACGAGUUGAUUCGCCCUUAAAUUUUUACAUUUAUAAGGAAACUUUGUGAGCAACGACGAAGCGAAAGAGCUCGGCUUUGGGGGGGAAGCAAGGACGCUUUUUUCUUCUCCUUCGUAAUUUACUUGUGGAGGUGAGUUGGGUUCUGUCCAUGAGUUCUCCUCUGUUGGAUGUUGCGACUCUGCGUGUAAAGAAAUUGUAGACUUUGGUGGUGCUGGCGUCCUUUCUGUAUCUUGUACAUUCAGAAUAAAUUUAUAGGAGUAUCACUCUGUUUUGAUGUUUAUAUGAAAAUCCUCAACUGGGUUAUCUGAAA